AUGGUGAGGAUUAUAAGUAAUAGCCCCCAAUAUUUAGGCUACGACUGCAGUGUAGAGAUUGAUCAGCGCACAUUCCUGCCACCUAAUUUCGAAGAAACAGAUUAUAUCCGCUUCCGCAUCUGCUUCUCCACAGGCGGUCUCGAAAGCGAGGUCGUAAAUCUCAUCGGCCUCUCCACAUUCUUGGCUGACACUCUACGCCUGAUGGCCGACAUUCUCUACUCUUCCGGCGUGCCCUCCCGGCUCACCCGUUCUAUGAAGUGCGAAAUAACCGCCGAUGUCUUUGACAUCGUCCAGCGCCACAACUUCUCCGCCUCCUUACUCCCCAUUCAUGUACGCGUCUUUCCGGCCGGUACUACUCGCUCCGAGGAAUCAACGCUUGAGCGUGCCUUGAGGGAAUCUGCCGAGGAGUUUCAAACUCCGAUCCCCACGACUAAGUCGUCGAUUCAAGCGCUAGAGGUGGUCAAGAAUGAUGAUGCUGAUCAUGAGAAUAAUGUUUCUGGUGCUGAUGAGGCGAGUAAAUGGUGUAAUUGUACGAUCUGUUUGGAAGAGUUAUCUUUGGAUUGGAACGACAAUCAGACGGUGCUACGAAUGCCGUGUUCUCACCUUUAUCACAGAGACUGCAUAGUUCAGUGGCUGGAGAUCAGUCACCUAUGUCCGUUGUGCCGUUACGCCGUGCCAAUUAAUUAG